UUUCAGGGUUUGCUCUAUCGUAUGACUAGGUUGGGAUUAGGUUUUCAAGAUGACCUAAAAAUUAGCAAUAGUCAAGGAAAAGUUGUUGCUCUUUCUUGCAAAAUGGUAGGUGGUGGCAACGAUGGCUCUCUUCAUCUUUGUGCAAGAGUUUGCCUAAUUGAUGAACAUGAAAGAAUCCUCUUUGAAUCCUAUGUUGCACCAAAUAUUCCCAUCACGAACUAUAGGUAUGAAAUAUCGGGGAUUAGGCCAGAAUACAUGAGAAAUGCAAUGCCAUUGAAGCAAGUAUCGAGAAAAAUUCAAGAUUAUCUUUGUAAUGGUGAACCUAUUUGGCAAAUUCGUACUAGAAGUGGAAGGGCUAGGAUCCUUGUUGGUCACAAUUUGGAUCAUGAUUUAAAAUGCUUAGAAAUGGACUACCCAACAAUAAUGUUAAGGGAUACAGCAAAAUACCCUCCACUAAUGAAAACAAGCAAGCUGAGCAACUCACUCAAGUACUUGAGCAAAGCUUAUCUUGGAUAUGAAAUUCAAACAGGAGUUCAAGAUCCAUAUGAUGAUUGUGUUGCAACAAUGAGGUUGUACAAGAGAAUGAAAUCACAAGCUCAUAUAAGGGAGAAUUAUCCACUUGCAAUUGACCCACAAAAUCGUAAUAAUUUUGCAUCAUGGAAGGAAAAUGAACUUGUGAAGAUGAUGCCUUCACAAUUACUAGAAAUCUCACGAUCUGAUUAUUAUUGUUGGUGUUUGGAUUCCUAA